AGUAAUGGCGCUGCUCCUUGACCGGCGAGGAGACCAGAUUGUUAUUACAGAAGACAUUAUGAAAGAUGCAGCAGGAAGUGGUAAUAACCCAGUAAUAGCACUGCUCUUUAACCGGCGAAGAGACCAGAUUGUUAUUACAGAAGACAUUGUAAAAGCUGCAGCGAGCAGUAUCUUUGGUGAUGGAGUAAUGGCGCUGCUUCUUGACCAAUAUGGGAACCGGAUUACUAUUACAGAGGAUAUUCUUAUAGCUGUAGCAGAAAACGAGAUCAGUGGUGAGAAGAUAAUGACGGUACUCCUGAACCGAUGCGGAGACUAG